AUGACGGUCUCCAAGCGCCAGAAUCGGCCCAUCCACGCCAACCGACUGCUGCGAGUAGUUUGCAUCGGGGCCGGUGUCUCCGGUCUGUAUCUAGCGUAUCGACUGAAGAAGAGUUUCACUGAUUUCAAGCUACAAAUCUACGAGAAAAACGCCGAUGUGGGCGGGACGUGGUUCGAGAACCGAUAUCCAGGAUGUGCUUGUGACAUCCCUGCUCACAAUUAUACCUACACGUUCGAGCCCAACGCCGCCUUUUCGGCUAACUAUGCCACCGCGGGCGAGAUUGCGGGGUACUUCUCUGGCUUCGCGGACAAGUAUGGCCUGCGCGAGUAUAUCAUGUGCCAACACGAGGUGGUGCACGCGCACUGGGAUGAAGGAAGAGCGGAGUGGAGCGUUCAAGUCCGUCGCGGGGCGGAUGGAAAAGUCCUGGAGCAACAGUGUGAUUUUCUGAUUAACGCGGCCGGAAUAUUGAACUCGUGGAAAUAUCCGGAGAUUCCGGGGAUGGAAUCCUUUAAGGGGACUCUAGUACACACAGCCAAUUGGGACGAGAUGUUGGACAUGGCGGGGAAAAAGGUCGGACUUAUUGGGAACGGGUCAUCUGGAGUGCAGAUCCUUCCAGAGUUACAAAGAACCGCCCAGCACGUCACGGCUUUCAUUCGGAGCCCAACGUGGAUUAGCCCGGCCCGGGGGAUGGAAUAUCAUCAAUACACGGAGGAGGAGAAGAAGAACUUCCGCGAAAGCCCCGAUGAGCUCCUGGCGGUACGCAAGGAGACCGAAGGGUUCAUGACCUCAGCAGCGCUUUUUUCCGUGUUUAUCCGCGGUUCCAAGGUCCAGGAAGUGCUCGCACAAGAUAUGAAGGCCCAGAUGCUAGCGAAGCUGGCCAGCAACUAUGUUCUUGCUGAGUCUAUCAUCCCCGACUUCCCCCUCGGAUGUCGUCGCCCUACGAGGGAAAAUACGGAAGCUAAUUUACAAGGGGAAAAAAAGCCUGGAAUUGACUACCUCGAAAGUUUCAGCCAACCAAACGUCACAGCACACACAGGCACCAUCAAAGAAGUGACUUCGUGGGGAUGCGUGGCUGACGAUGGGAGCGAGCAUGCCCUCGACGUGCUCGUCUGCGCCACGGGCUUCGAUACCUCCUUCCGGCCGCGCUUUCCGCUCGUCGGGCGGAAUGCGAUCGAUCUUGCCACUCAGUGGGCGGAGGAGCCCCGAAACUAUCUCUCGCUGGCGGUGCACAAUUUCCCCAACUAUUUCAUGUUCCUCGGCCCUAACUGCCCCAUAGGCAGUGGACCCAUCAUCGUCGGCAUCGAGGCCGCCGGGGACUACAUGGCUCGCUUUAUGAACCGGUGGCAGAAGGAGGGGAUCCGCUGCUUUGAUCCAAAGGUGGCCGCAGUCGAUGAUUUCAUGGAACAGAAGGACCUCUUCAUGGACACCACUGUCUGGCGGAGUGGCAGCGGCAGCGACAGCGACGGUAAUGGCAAAGGCAGUGGGAGUUGUCGAUCGUGGUGGAGGAACUACCGCACGGGCAAGGUUACUGCGUUGUGGCCCGGGAGCACCGUGCAUUACCUGGAGGCACUGGCAACCCCGCGGUAUGAAGACUUCGAGGUUGAAUAUACUAGUUCGAACCGCUUUGCCUACCUGGGAAAUGGGUUCGCUCAGCGCCAGCUGGCCGCGUCAGCAGAUCCAACCUGGUAUCUGCGUACUACGGAUGAAGGGAGCCUUCUACCGGAUCCGAUGUCCACGGAGAACGUGAAGGAUCUGCGAGAUCUACUAGCAGAAGGGUUCGCUUGGACUCCAACCCGAGGUCAAUAG